AUGGGUCAUGAGUUGCAUGUGGAGGAUCCCUUAGCAGAUGUUGUAGUAGCAGCCUUAGUGAAAGCUGUGAAUCCUCUUGGAGAUAUUGCUCAAGAUGUAUCUCCUGUCUACCUCUUCUAUAUCUUCAGAGUCACCCCAUCUCAAGCAUGGCACCCUCACCAGCGACAAGGUCUUGCAGCCCCUAAAGGGGAUAUUUUUAACGAGCUGUGUCGUCUGCGGGUUAAAAAUGUAACUGAUUUUGAAUGGUUAAAACAGGCUCGAUUUUACUUUGAUGAAGAAAUGGAAAAUAUACCCAUAAGGAUUACAGACGUUCUUUUUAUAUACCAGAACGAGUUUUUAGGAUGUAAUGAUCGACUUGUUGUAACUCCUUUGACAGACAGAUGUUACAUCACAUUAGCUCAAGCCAUUGGAAUGAACUUUGGAGGUGCACCAGCUGGCCCAGCAGGUACAGGAAAAACAGAAACUACUAAAGAUAUGGGAAAAGCUUUAGGAAAAUAUGUUGUCGUAUUUAACUGCUCUGAUCAAAUGGAUUUUCGAGGUCUUGGAAGAAUUUUUAAGGGCUUGGCACAGUCUGGAACAUGGGGUUGUUUCGAUGAAUUUAAUCGAAUUGAAUUGCCUGUAUUGUCAGUAGCAGCACAGCAAAUAGCGAUCGUCUUAAAUGCCCGAAAAGAAAGGAAGGUUUCUUUUUUAUUUAGUGAUGGUGAAAGAUACUUAAUCGACUAUGAGUUUGGAAUUUUCAUAACCAUGAAUCCAGGAUACGCAGGCAGACAGGAGUUACCAGAGAAUUUGAAAAUAAUGUUUCGUAGUGUGGCUAUGAUGGUACCUGAUAGACAGGUCUGA